GAGAGAGAAGUAGGCCGACCCCUGCCUGCUACAAAAACCCAUGCUGUGGUUUUCAAAGACCAUAUAUACCAGCCGUGAAGGUGUGAGCAGUGACGGAAGUGGGAGACGCCCGAGGAGCAAGUCAGGGGCUGAGGCUCCAUCAAAGUGCCUUCACCAGAGCCCCCGGCCUACGAGCAAGAAAGAAGGACGUCAGUCCGGAGCAUACCUCACUUGAUAAACUAUCUCAUUUCCCAGCCAGCUGGACCCUCAUGGCCAAGCCUUCCUCCACCUGACUUAAGCCAACUUAAGCUAGUGCCUGGAACAGGGAGAUGGUCUUGGAGCCCGGAAGGCCUUGUCUAGGAAUCCCCAUGUGCUUUCAGGAAAUCGAGGCCAAGGACAUCACUGGAGCCAACGUUUGCUUUGAGUUUCUGCAGCUGCUGACAACGUGCCGGACCCUGAUGGCACCUGGCAGAGGCUGCUUGGUCCUGGCCAUUCUGCUGGCAAUGGUGGACAUCCGACUUGGUGGGUGCUUGCACAUCCUCAGCUCAUUUUCCCAGGAUGGAAAGCAAUUAAGCUUGAUCUGUACUUUGCGGCAUACAAAAGAAGAGGCUGAGGGUGCUAUAGUGUUUUUGUGCAAGGACAGGUCUUCGGGCUGUUUCCCUGAGACCAGCCUGCGGCAACUGAGACUUCGACGGGAUCCCAGGGAAGAUGGCAUCAGCGAAAGAUCAUCUCAGUUGGUGUUCACCAUAAACCAUGCCACACCAUCGGACAGCGGGACCUACCAGUGUUGUGCCACAAGCCAGAGGCCAGAUAUGCGCCUUCAGGGCCACUUUUUCUCUGUUUUAGUCACAGAGGCAGGGAACUACACAGUCAAAGGAUUGAAGCAAAGAAGACACCUCGAGUUCACUCACAGUCAAGGCACUCCCAGUUCAGGCUUCCUGCAAAAGGUCUGGGUGAUGCUGGCCACUAGCCUGCUGGCCCUUCAAGUAAACAAGGAAGCCAAACAAAAUGAGAACACCAACUUUUUUGGAAGAGAUUUUUAUUUGACACUAGAAAGAAGAGAGAAGAAACAGGCAAAGAUAGGUAGGAGAAGAAAGCCAGAGCCAGUGACUGACUCAGCACGAAACCAAGGAAAUGAAGAGACCCUGGCAUUGGGCAGAAUCGCCCCCUCCACCCAGCGCAGCUGAAGGAAGAAACAGCUGUGUGCCAAGCCGCAACACGGAGCAUAAGUGCCCAGCUUCAACCAUGUUUUUGUCCAUCUCUUUGGUCACAUCUCUUUCCUUUUAAAUAAAUGCCCAAAGCAAUA